AUGUCAUUUCGGCCAUUGGUUCAGAAAGUUAAGAAAAAGCUCGCCGCUUUGCUGACUGUGGGGAGGUUAAAACAUCUUCUUAAGAAAAGCCCGCGCCGCAAGAGCUCGGUGACCAGAUCUACUUCACCCAGCUUGGCUACUACAAAUGACCUCGAAGUCGAGUCACAACAGCCUACUUUGACCGAGAGUCGCAACAGUGUUGAGAAUAGCAGUCCAGGUGCUAAGCUUGAGCUAGACGUGCUAGGACAGAUUCUUACGACUAUUUUACCGCGCCCGAAUCCAUACGUACUUGGUUUGGAGAGAGCUGGGAGGGCGGUGUUUGCUCCUAAGACAAAUGCAUUAGUGGUUAAGAGGUCAGCGGGUCGGGGCAGCCAGGAAUGUUUGAGAGCGUCUUAA